AUGAGCGCUGCGGUCACGCCUUAUAUCCUUCCCGAUGACGAGUCGACUACGCGCGACGGGAUCGAAAAACGCUUCGAAGAACUUCAAGAUGCCAUUAACUCUCCAAUGCCUCACCUUAGAACAAGGAAUAGGCUACAUGCACUGCUUAUAGGUGUCGAUAAAUACUUCAACGAAGAAGACAACCUUUCCGGCGCUGUGAGGGAUGCACGGCGGGUUGAAGCGCUUCUACUUGGCCUUGUCCCACCAGUCAGCGACGAGAAUAUCACAGUCCUCGAGAACGCUUGCGAUCAAGAUAUCAUCGACCACAUUCGACGCCUUAGGACGAACCCUUUCAUCAAGAAGGACGACCCCAUCCUGAUCUACUACGCUGGACAUGGCAGUAGUCUUCCAAGACCGCCCGGAUGGCCCACCAGAAGCCAACAUAUACAGUGUUUAUCCCCUUCCAAUGCUAGAGUGGAAGACGGGAAGGUUGUGGGCGUGAUCACCGAUCGUGCGUUUGGGGCUCUUCUUCAAGACCUUGCCAAAGCAAAGGGGGAUAACAUCACAGUCAUUCUCGAUAGCUGCCACUCCGGCUCCGCUACUAGGACGGGUCCUAACACUCGAAGCCUUCGUCGCGGCAUCGAUUUCAGGGACAAGCGCAGCGGUGAAAAGUACACCGUUGGCCCGACCUAUCAUGGACACAUAUGGAACGGCUUCGAGGGUCAGCCUGAUAGAAAAGACUCGAGCCGAGCGCUUGCCGACCUACCCGUAUUCUCUUACGGCGGGCUACAAUCGCAUAUUGUCCUAGCAGCUUGCGGUCCGAACGAGUUCGCGUUUGAAGAUUUUACGAUUGGGGAGAGCGAGGUGCCCGUCUGUGAGGGGCGCUUUACGUCUGCCUUACUGCGCGAGCUUAAGGCUACGGGACCGGACACCAUCACGUACACGGAACUGAUAAGACGCCUAGGAAACAUCUCCUCCCAAACUCCCCAGUGCGAAGGACAUGAGAAGGAUCGACGUAUUCUGUUCAAGACCGCUCUGAAACAGGGCAAUCGCCCCUACUACAGCGUGUACCGAAUAGAAGCGGGGUUUAUUCUGAACGCGGGGCAAGUCAAUGGCGUAGCCGUGGACGAUGUUUAUGCGGUCUACGCGACCUCGGAUGCUCUGGCACGUCAAUCGGAACCCCCUCUCGGCGAACUUAUGGUCACCGAAGUGCGCCCAGUAUCGAGCAAGACCAUUGUUAAAUCCGACCUUCACAUGCUCGACGACCAUCCGUCCGCCGUUGCUGUAUUAAGCCGCGUUGGAAGACGCAAGGCUCUUCCCCUACAUGUCCACCCCCAGCUCAAAUCCAUCGCAGCCGAGGCGCUCGCGAAGGAAGUGGCCCAGUUCUCCAGGGAUCCAGAAUACACAUUCGUUCUUUCGUCGCUGGAUACUGCGGUCUUUUCAAUCGUCCCGGUCGGCAAGAGUGCGAUCGGUUUCGAUAUCUUGGACAAGCGUAUGACGGAUCAUGGGCUACACAGGCUUGAUGCAACCGUGGAUCGCGACGUCACCAAGUUACAGGUUGUAUUGCGUGCAGCCGCGCAUUUCUUCUACCACCUCAACUCCGCCCCACCCAAACCAGGCCUCAGACGACAAAUUUCAGGCAGUAUACAGGAGUUGUCAUACGAAUUUGACUUCGACGGGUCCGGCGUCCCGAGGACAUCGUGGCAGGUGACCGGUCAACCUGUCGACCUUCAUUCCCCGGACCGCGGGGCUUUCUACCCCAAGGUAGCUGUGCCGGGCGCCUCGCACGAAGAUCGCACAUGGUACGGCGUCACAGUCGCCAAUCGACAGCCCGGGGAAGGUGUCAAUGUUUACCUGUGGAUGUUCUAUUUCGACUGCCGUACGCUUGAGAUUCGCUCAUUCUUCCAACCUCCCGCGGGUAGAGUCGAGCCGUCAUUGCAAGCAGCUUCGAGCAUUGAUGUGCCACUCAACUACGGUGACGCUGGUAGCCUGCCACUCACAUUCGACUUACCAAAAGAACGCAAACUUGACAUCGGCUUUCUCCGCAUAUUUGUCUCGUCGCAGAUAGCUGACUUGUCCAAUAUCGCUCAGAAACCCGCCAUCGGCGGAAGGGUCAUGGCGCAAUCCACCCUAAUACCUCCAGCGCCUGCGGCUUGGGAUGCGAUUACCAUCGCUGUUGUGCAGCAUCGCGAGGCCGACGAUGUCACUGCAAUCGACGCAGUGCCAGAUCCACAUGACGUUCCCAAAACUGAUCUACGCGAAGAACGUCCCAGCAGGUGGGCAUGGGAUCCGUUGAAGACGGCAAAGGGUUAUCUCGGCUUGUGA